AUGGGGGUUUGCACUAGUCACUCCUAAAAAUAAAGGAAAAUAAAGGAAGAAGAAAAAAACGAUACAAUCUAAUAAAACAAGAAUUCUAAUAAUGAGACACUUAAGGCAAAUUUCGAUAAUGCUAAUAAACUCUCAAAAUCUCCAUCAAGUUAAUUUUCACAUUAAACUAAUUAAAAGUAAAAAAUUGAUAUGGGUAUGAUACUGAAAAUUGGAAGAAGAAAGAGAGGAAGUGUGUAAACAGAAAAAAAAUCAUAAUAUAGUUAAGAAAAGAGUGAAUAUUCUAAUAAAAUUAGAUAAAACAAGAAAACCUUUAAGGUGAAUAUAGCUUUAAAAUAAGUCCCACUUUAACAAUGUUAUGAAAUAUUGAGUUAUAGAGAAAAUAAUUGUUAUUUAAGACAUUUAAUAACUAAAAAAUUAAGAAUAGGAACAUUAUACGAAAACAAUUCAUAAUCAAAAGAACUUGUUUAAUAAAUUUUGGAAUUGCAAUUGGUAAAUUUUAACAUUAUUGAAGUUCCAUCCAAGAUUAUAGAAUAUCAUUGAAAUACUAGAGUUCGACAAUUAAAUUUUAAUUGUUAAAGAACAUUUCGAACAUAUUGAUUUAAUAUAAAGCCAAAGUGAUAAUUAAACUGAAAUUUUAAAGCAAAUCAUAGAAGCUAUUGAAUAUUUGCAUCAAAAAAAUAUUAUUCAUGGGUAUUUAAAUAUUAGGUCAUUUUAAAAAUGUGCAUCAAUAGAUAAAAUAAAACUUAUCGAUUUAGAAAAAGUUUUAUUGAAGCCUAAACAUAAAGUGGAUGAAAUACAAUAUUUUUCACCAGAAGCAUGUAAUAAAGGAAAUAUUUAUACAAAAUAAAGAGAUUGUUGGGCUAUUGGAAUUAUAGGUUUAGAAUUAUUUACAAAAUAACAUCUUUUUCAUGGCGAUAGUAUUGAAUAAAUUUAGGAAGACAUUUGUUCUAAUAAUGAGAUAAUUAUUAAAACUAUUAUGCACUAAAUUGAAAAUGUCCAAUUUUCAGAACUAUUACAAUUAUUACUGAAUCCAUAAUAAAAAAGCAGAAUAUCAUUAUAAAAGGCUUCGGCACAUAUAUGUUUUUAAUCUAAAUAAGUUAUAAGUAAAAAAAGGUUAUCUUAAAUUAUUAAGAAGGUUUUUGAAUUAAAAAAGAAAACUUAUGUAUAUUAAUGUUUAGCUUUAUUUAUUAUAAAAAAUAUUAAUAUUGAAUUUAAUGAAGAUAGGGAAAAUUAAUUAUUUUAUGAAAUGGAUACAUCCAAUGAUGGAAAAGUGAGUAAAAAUGAAUUAAUGGAGUUUAUGAAAAAAAAUAAAUAUACAGAAGAAGAAAUAGUUAAUUUAUUUAUAGAAAUAGAGAAAUCUAAUGAUGGAAUAUGUUUUGAUUAUAAUGAAUACAUUACUUCUCUCUUUGAAACUUCUACAUGUUUAAAUGAAGAUUAGCUUUAAGAAGCCUUUUCCUAAUUAACAUAUUCUAAUUAAGGAAUCACAUUAGGAAAAAUGAUAUCUCUUUUUCCUCAUCGUGAAAAUUAAUUAAAAUUAGAGUUUAAUUAAUUCUAAGAUAAAAUUGUAAUAAAAAUAAUAUUAAUUUUAGAUAACAUUUCCUACUCUAAAAUAAAUCAUGUGUAAUUGA